CGCAAUGCGCGCAAGCGCACUUAUACUCAGCUGCACAUUCUACUGUUUUUCUACUUGUACUACUUUUAAACCAUUAUUUUUGUUACUGAUAAAUAGAAAUGAGUUAAUUAAGUGUUGGAGGUUACUUAGAAGACAGAGUUUUAUUAAAAGGAGCAAUUCAACAGUUCUAUUACCCAGUUUUAAGCAAAGCGUCAGCGCUCCACUGUAACCAUUCGGAUUUUUUCCACAAAGUCGGGCGCCAAUUUCAAAUAUGCUAGUCCUCAAUCGUUUUGCCGCAAUUUCACGGAAACUGAACACGGUUUUUCACGCAAAAGUAGCUUUCCAUCUCUCCCACCGUCUAAAAAACGAAAAUAAAAACCUAUACGACGAAAUUUUAACCGAAGACAGAGAGUUUUUAGCGUUCUCUGAAAAUUAUUUCAAAUUCGAAUCUGGGCGAAACUGCUACAUUAUCCAACCGUACAUCAAGUGGGGCCCUCAGAAACUGCAAGGAAUCACCCCCAUUGAACAACUAGACGAAGCCAAAGCCCUAGUCAACACACUCCCUUCCUGGAACAUUCAAGACUCAAUUUCCGUACCGCUAGAAUCAUUUGACAAAAAAACUCUCUUCAAGUCGGGUUCCUUAGAUAAGUUGCGCCAGAUCAUUCGCAAAAACUCGACCAUCAAUGCCGUUUUCGUCAAUCUGGGGACCCUCAAAAAGGCCCAAAUCGUCUCGUUGGAGAGGGAGUUUGGGGUCCCGAUUCUAGACCGCUAUAAAGUCGUCAUGUACAUAUUAAAACUCCACGCGGUUUCGAAACACGCCAAACUCCAAGUCGCCCUAGCUGAGCUUUAUUAUUUGCAACGAUCCACGUUUCACGAGGCCAAUUUCGGGAAAGCUGAGCGGGAAAAAGUCAAGCUCAUGUUUCAAACGCGCGAGCAAAAACUCAAAAACGCUAUUAAGGAGUUGCGCACCGAAAGGGCCUUGUUGCGGAACAAAAGGCAAAAAAUUGAUUUUCCGGUAGUUGCCGUGGUGGGGUACACAAACGCCGGGAAGACGUCGCUCAUUAAGGCGCUCACAGGGGAGGAGAGACUAAGGCCCAAAAACCAGCUUUUUGCCACUUUGGAUGUUACGCUCCACGCGGGGCUGCUGCCCUCGGGGAUGAAGGUUUUGUAUGUUGAUACAGUCGGCUUCAUUUCGGAUAUUCCGACGAAUUUAAUUGAGUGUUUUGUGGCCACUCUUGAAGACGCGGUCUUGGCAGACGUCAUUUUGCACGUUGAGGAUAUUUCAAGCUCGUUUUUUGAAUUUAAGAGGAAACACGUUCUGGCCACUUUGCAAGACCUGGCUACCAAUGCUGGCACCGGAGACGUUUUGAACAAAGUCAUUAGUGUAGGAAAUAAAUGCGAUCUGGUACCGAAAGAGACCGAUUUUGGAAUUUUGAAAGUGUCGUCUAAAGAUGACACUGGCCUGGACGUCCUUAGAAUGACGUUGGAGAAGGCAAUUCUGGAAAACACCAACCGGGCAAAAAUCAAAAUUCGAGUUCCUGUUGGUGGUGACGCAAUAAGAUGGUUGUAUAAAAAUUCAACUGUUAUUUCCGAAAGUCCUGACGAAAAAAACGUCGAGUUUGUCAUCGCUAAUGUGAUAAUAACCCAGGGAAAAUUGGAGCAAUUCAAACACAAUUUUUCCAAAUAAUUUUAUUAAAAAAGCAACUAACAAAGUAAUAAAAAAUCAAAUUGUGAUAUUA